AUGUCCCAACCCAUUGUCGUCGUUUUCGGUGCAACUGGCAAGCAAGGUGGCUCCGUUGUCAGCAGCCUCUUGUCAGGUGGGUCAGUUAGCAAAUAUCGUGUCAGAGCAAUUACGCGCGAUGUCAAAAAGCCCAGUGCCAAAGCCUUGAGUUUGAAGGGUGCUGAGGUUAUUGCGGCCGACUUGAGUGAUAAGGGGUCAAUCGUCAAGGCGCUGAAGGACGCUUACGCAGUAUAUGCUGUGACCAAUUAUUGGGACCACCAUAGUGCCGACGUGGAAUUUGCUCAAGGGAAGAAUAUUGCCGAUGCUUGCAAGGAAGAGGGUAUUCAGCACUUGGUGUGGAGCAGUCUACUAAAUGUCACGGAACUGUCUGGCGGUGUCCUCUCCCAGGUCCAUCACUUCGACAGUAAGGCAAAGGUCGAAGAAUACAUCCGCAAGGAAGGGAUUCCCGCCACAUUCAUGCUUCCAGGCUUCUACAUGUCGAAUAUCCCUGGAGGUAAUUUGCGGAAAACGCCAGAAGGUAUAUGGAAACUCGCUCUUCCAAUUCCUGGCGACAGUCCGGUACCUCUAUUCGCGUCUGAAUAUGAUACGGGAACGUUUGUUAAGAGCAUACUGCUUAAGAGAGAUGAGACUCUGGGAAAGCGCAUCUAUGCUGCGACAAAGUACUAUACGCCUCUUGAAAUUUUGGCGACUUUCAAACAGCAGUACCCCGACGCGGGCAAGGAUGCUGUCUUUUCGGAGCUACCACAUGCGGUAUUCAAGGGUAUUCUCGCCGCUGCGGGGAUGCCUGAUGUUGUUCAGGAAGAACUACUCGAAAAUAUGCGUCUCAUGCCAGAAUUUGGAUACUAUGGCGGAGAGGCACUCGAGUCAAGCACAGAGAUUUUGGAUGAGCCCCUCACGACAUGGAGUGAAUAUAUGAAAAAGACGUCGGCUUUCGCUGAUCUGGAUUAA